GCUUCCCCGGCGGCGGAGACUGCACGGACGGCGACGGGGAUUAUCUUGAAUGCUUGAUCACCAAGCUCGACGCAUGCUCCGGUAGUUGUGGUGGUGGCUCCUCCGCGGGUGGAUCAUCGUCUCCUCCGAUAAUGGCGCUGGCAAGCUGAUAAGCUCAUUCUGUUCCAACCUAUCGACAAUGGCCGGCAAGUCUGAGAGUUUCUUGAAGCUUUACGGAUAUGAUCUGCUGUUGGGGUCGAUUGCCGCGUUUUAUGUCUUCGCCGCCCCUUACACUAAGGUUGAAGAAAGCUUCAACGUUCAGGCAAUGCACGAUAUCUUAUUUCAUAGACAUCACUUAGAAAAGUAUGAUCAUUUUGAUUUCCCUGGAGUUGUUCCUCGCACAUUUAUUGGUGCUUUCUUUGUAUCGAUAUUGGCAUCUCCCGUUGUUGCAGCAAUGAGUUUUGCGCACUUGCCUAAGAUUUAUAGUCUUCAUGUGGUGAGACUGGUGUUAGGUUGCAUCACAUUGUUUACCUUACGGUUUUUAAGGGAACAGAUCAGGAAGAAAUUUGGAUAUCAAGUUGAAGCAUUUUUUGUGAUACUGACAGCUUCUCAGUUUCAUAUGCUGUUUUAUUGCACUCGUCCUCUUCCUAAUGUAUUCGCAUUUUGUUUAGUUAAUUUGGCUUAUGGUUUUUUGCUCAAAGGAAGUUUCUAUGCAGCGUUAAGAUGUUUGAUUUUUUCUACAAUCAUAUUCAGAUGUGAUAUUUUAUUGCUUCUUGCUCCAUUCGGCUUGCAACUAUUGCUGACAAAGUCGAUCUCUCUGUGGAAGGCAAUGAAAUGCAUGGAAACUGUUGUUUUCUGCAUAGGUCUUACAUUAUUGGUUGACUCUGUCAUGUGGAAGAGGCUAUUAUGGCCUGAGCUUGAGGUUUUCUGGUUCAACUCUGUGUUGAAUAGGAGUUCUGAGUGGGGUACACACCCUUUUCAUUGGUAUUUCACUUCAGCACUUCCCCGCUCAUUACUUGCUUCCUAUCCGCUUUUUGUGCUUGGAGUUUUACUAGACAGGAGGAUUUCCUUCUACAUUCUUCCAGCUCUCUCAUUUGUGUUACUGUACUCAAAACUGCCACACAAGGAGCUCCGUUUCAUUAUCAGUUCCAUUCCAAUCUUCAACUUAUCAGCAGCAGUUGCAGCUAGCAGAUUGUAUAAUAACAGGAGGAAGAGGUUCUGGAAUCUUCUUUAUAUUGGUUUGCUGGGAUUGAUUUUGGGGAGUGUAGGAUGCACGCUUAUUUUUUUCAUGGCAUCAUAUGAGAACUAUCCUAGUGGUUAUGCUCUAAAAGCCUUGCACGGUAACAUGUUGAACAAUCUCAAUGAAGUCCAUGUUCAUAUUGACACAUUCUCAGCAAUAAAUGGAAUUUCCCGAUUCGGUGAAAAUGAUUAUCCUUGGAGGUACUCUAAAGAGGAAGGCAUUUCUUUGGAAGAGUUUCAGAAUCAAAAUUUCACAUUUCUUUUGAAUGAGCACUCUGACAUCAAGGGCUUCAAGUGUCUAUUCACUGUAAAUGGAUUCUCACGAGUUCGCCUUCAAAGUCGGUUUCCACCUAUAUCACUGGCAAAGGAACCAAAGGUAUUUGUUCAUGGUAGUAUAAGAAAUGCAGAAAUCAUGGAUAGAAGUUGGCCUCAGUGCAAUGCUAUAUCCUGAGAGACCCCAUCUCAUAGUUUUUGUAUUGAAAAAUUCAACUACUAAAGAAACACAGUAUACUUUAAAAUGAUUUACCAGUCUGUUUUUUUAAUCUCAGUGAAUGGCAACUUUUAGAAAAUGUUAAAUAUUAAAAAAAAAAAUGUGACUAAAUCC